CUGGGGGAAUGGCCACUUCGGCAGGUAGCCAAGCAGACUUUCUGAAGGGAGAUUACAAGCGGAUAGAGAACAUGGAGCUGACAGACGAGCAGAAAAGUCAGAUGUGGAUCAAUUCCAUCAAUAGUGAAAAUAAAACGGCCCUCCUUGCAUGGGUAAAGGAAACUGGAAUCGAUUUGGUUCAAAUUAAUGGCCAGCGGAAGUAUGGUGGGCCACCUCCAGGAUGGAUUGGUAAUGCUCCAGUCAGUGGGUCAGAGGUUUUUAUUGGUAAAAUACCACAAGAUAUUUAUGAAGACAAACUAAUUCCGCUUUUCCAGAGCAUUGGAAAACUGUAUGAGUUUCGACUAAUGAUGACCUUUAGUGGCCUAAAUCGUGGAUUCGCUUACGCCCGCUAUAUAGGUAGACGCCAGGCAGUCAGUGCUAUUAUGACACUGAAUGGAUAUGAAAUAACAAAAGGUUGUUGUAUUGUGGUCUGUCGGAGCACAGAAAAAAGUGAACUUGCACUGGAUGGGCUUCCUAGUCAUUUAGAACAGCCUGCUCUAAAAAAUAUUCUGGAGGAAGUGACUUCGGGAGUGUCUGCGCUGUCUCUGUAUCAAAGUCCCUCAAAUGAGAGCCAAGUGUUGGCUAUAGUGAAGUAUGACUCCCACCGGGCAGCUGCUAUGGCUAAAAAGAGCCUCUGUGAAGGGUCUCAGUUUCUUCGUGGGCUUCCCCUUACUGUAAGUUGGCUCAAAACAGACAUGCGACAGAAGCUUCGCAGCUCGGAUAAGCACCAGCAGCCAAAAGUUCCAUCCCCUUUGCCUCAUAGUGGCAGUCCUGAAGUUCCAAAAGAGACCCGACUAAGUGCUGUCGCCUGCCUCAAUAUAUUGUGCCUGAAAAUGAAGCUGGGCUAUCCUGUCUUCUUAAUAAAGCUGUUUAGCGUAACCUCAUUUGGAUGGCUUCGAUUUUGGUACCAAGUAGUCAUACCAAGGUAUCCUACGCCAUUUUGUGGCUAUUCCUGGAUCAUUGGGGAAAAUCUGGAACUAAAUGAAAAAUAUGACAAUGCAAGAGAAGUUGUUGCUGUCAAGAUCCUGUCUGCUCUAGGGCACAUUACAGAUCCCUCAGUGGAAAAGGCAACUGCAAGCAAUGCCAUGUAACUGUUUUUCUUUCUGUGAUGAGGACACCACAUCAGAAGAGCUUACUUUUUUAUAGUUUUGUUGUCUUCAAAUGAUUUUAUAGUUACCACCACCCGUUUAAAGGGAAAUAUUUUUACAUCAGUGUAUAGCUAGUUUUCUUUCCCCUUUUUUUCACUAUGAUGUUUGCACUUUUUUUAUUUCUGUGUGUGUACAUUGCGCUUAAGAUUUAAAAAAACAACUUUUGUGUGUCUCUUUAAAAUGUACAGGUUACAGUAUCUCUUAUCCAUGUACAGCACUGAACACCGUGGAGUUUCCUAUGUUUAUUUUAAAAUGUAUGCCAAACUAUAGAAGGCAAAACUUGUGGUGUAAGGGUUUCAACAUUUUUUCAUUGCACAAAAAUCAGGUUUAUGAAUGUAUCUCUAGAAAUCUUAGUAGUAGUAUUAGCCACUGGUUGGCUAAUUGAUCUUUUAUAAAUCCUUCUUUUUUUUCUUGUGUGUGGUUUUUAAGAAAACAUGUUUAAAUUAUGUUUUGUAUUUCUAGGAUCAGUGUUUGCUAGCAUUUUAUAUCACAGGUUCUUACUGUU